AAAGAAAGCUUGCCCACCAACAAUUACAUACCACCCCCUGCCUCGUACCCAGACGUCUCUCUUUCGAUGUGCGCGCAAGGGAAGGCGGGAAGGAGACAACGGGCGAGACGUCGCUUCGCCCGCCGUCUGUACCCUUCCCAUGGUCCCUUGUGGUUCAUCACCAGUCACUCGCGUUUCGCGCUCGCCUCUGCCAUGCGAAAAAAGAAGCGCGUGAAGACGCGGCUGUACCGUCCCUUCUUGAAAGAGAAUCUUGCAUGUUGCCAUAGCCGACAUUUGGCGACGCCACCGUUAGUUUCCCUGAGAAAUGACGUCAGAGAAACGAGCGCAGAAAUUCCAUACUGAUGACGCGUCACUACCCAAAUCUGGUUAGUGCUUCUGAUUGGUUGAAAUAAAUAUUUCCCACGAAGCACGACCAAUCAGAAGCACUACCCAGAUCUGGGUAGUGACGCGUCACCAGCAUGGAAUUUCUGCGCUCGUUUCUCAGACGUCCCAGUGGUAGCGUCGCCAAAUGUCGGCUGUUUUCUCACGCUCAUGUUGCCCCGCCUCCUUUAUGCUAUGAUUUUACAUAGUGCCCCAGUCUGGUUUUACAGCCCCCUCCUGAUAAUUAUUGCGCAGUUCCUAAGUCCAGAGAAUAUAAGCUGAAUGUAGCCGUGGUUGAAACAGGUACUGGCAUUUACAUCUAGAAAUGAUCACGCUAAACCGGCAGAACUACCGCUAUAUCUAGCUCCUUCACAGAGGAGAAUCGGUCCCAUACACGUGUUUACCAAGUAUUGUGUUGCCAAAAGCUGUGACUAAAAAUAACUAAGCUUCACGUGCGUGGUAAAGUAGCUUUUCAGCCUUCUCCGCAGGCUUCUCUGGCUUCCUGUGGCGGAAAGAGGGGAACUGGGAAGGAAAAAGAAACACAACCUCGUCUCCAGGGUCCUCUCGUUUU